UUUUUAAAAAAAUUGAUUUAUGGACAUAAAUAAUGAGACUCAAUUUACUGACGUUCAUCGAGUUCUCCUUCAACAUUUUAUUGCGAAGAGAAGUAUUUUCCAAGAACAGGCAUUGAAUUCAUUGUUAAUUGCUAUUUCUAUCUAUGAAAAUAUAUCUAUAGAUUCUGUUGUAAUAAAUAUAAGCACUCUUGAAUUAUAUAUUUUUGAUAUUAAUAAUGCAAUUACUUGUUUGGAUCUAGAAAUUCGAAAAACUAUAGAUCAAUCUACUGGCAUAGUGAUUUGGAUAUUGAUUAAUACUUCCUCUGAUGUUUUUAGCCAAUUAUCAACUAGUUAUACUCCUUCUGAAAUUGCUUUUUUUAAGCAGCUUCUUGAUUAUAUUUUAGUAAAAAGUAAUACUCAUCAAUUAGAAGUUUUUUCUAUAACUUCUACUCAAGCGUUAAGGGAAUCUAGUUUAAAGGGUGUAGGGUUAUCCAAGGUUUCUGCUGAAGCUUCUUUAGCUGCAUUUGUUGAGGAAGGAUGGCUUUCAAAAACCAUGCAUGGAACUCGUGUAUAUUUUACAUUGUCCCCUAGAUCCCUUUUAGAGCUUUAUCCUAUAAUUAAAACAUAUAUUGAUGAACCUGAGAAUGACUUUGAUCAAGAUUUUAGAGUACCUUUGCUCAAAAGAUGUAAAGCAUGUCAUAAUGUGGUUACUCAAGGUUUUCGUUGUUCAAAUAUGAAUUGUCCUGUAAGAUUUCAUGAAUAUUGCUCUAAAGCAUACAUGGCUAAACAAAAAGAUAAAUCAUGUCCUGAAUGCGGAAUCAUAUGGAUGGAAGAAAAUUUUGUUGGUGACAAAGCAGCAGAAAGAAACAAUAGCGUUUGA